UUCUCGCCAUGGCCGCCAAGUCGGACGGCGUGCUCAAGAUGAAGAGGAGCGACGUGGCCUUCACCCCCCUGCAGAACUCGGACCACUCGGGAUCGGCGCACGGGCUCGCCCCCGGCUCGGCCGCGGGGGACGCCGGCGACUGCUGCGGCUCCUCGUCCACCUGCCUGCGCGUGCGCGUGCACCGGGAGCGCCGGACGUACACGGCAUGGGACUGCCUGUGGGCGCUGGCGGCCGUGGCCGUGUACUGCGCCGACGUGGGCACGGACGUGUGGCUCUCCGUGGACUACUACCUCCGCCGGGACUACUGGUGGUUCGGCCUCACGCUCCUCUUCGCGGCGCUCGGCUCGCUCUCCGUGCAGCUCUUCAGCUUCCGCUGGUUCGCGCACGACUUCAGCACCGCGGACAGCGGCGCGGCCGGCGCGGCCGGAGCGGCCUCCCGCGGGGACGCGGACGAGCGCGGGCACGCGCCGCCCGACAAGAGCGACGCCGCGACCGACGGCUGCCAAGGCGACGGAGGUAGCCGGGAGCGCCGGGGGGGCAGGUCGGCGUCCCGCGCCUUCUGCGUGUGGCUCGCGCAGUCCCUCGUGCACGCGCUGCAGCUCGCGCAGGUCUGGAGGUAUUUCCACACCAUCUACCUGGGGGUGCAGAGUCGACGUGGGCCAGAACACGAGCGCUGGCGGUUCUACUGGCGAAUGGUGUACGAGUAUGCUGACGUCAGCAUGCUGCACCUGUUAGCCACCUUCUUGGAGAGCGCCCCCCAGCUUGUCCUCCAGCUCUGCAUCAUCAUCCAGACUCACAAGCUGCAGGCCAUCCAAGGAAUGACAGCAGCUGCCUCGCUGGUGUCCCUGGCUUGGGCUAUGGCCUCCUACCAGAAGGCCUUGCGGGACUCCCGUGACGACAAGAGGCCCAUGGGAUACCUGGCUGUGCUCAUCCAGUUCUGCUGGCAUUUCUUCACCAUCGCCGCCCGCGUCAUCACAUUUGCCCUGUUUGCCUCCGUGUUCCAGCUCUACUUCGGCGUCUUCAUCGUGCUGCAUUGGUGCAUCAUGACCUUCUGGAUCGUGCACUGCGAGACGGAGUUCUGCGUCACCAAGUGGGAGGAGAUAGUCUUUGACAUGGUGGUGGGCAUCAUCUACAUCUUCAGCUGGUUUAAUGUGAAAGAGGGCCGGACCCGCUGCCGCCUGUUUGCCUACUACCUGGUGGUACUGGCUGAAAAUGCAGCUCUGAGUGCGCUCUGGUACCUGUAUCGGCAGCCCAUGACAACCGACGCUUUCGCGGUGCCGGCUCUGUGCGUCGUGUUCAGCAGCUUCCUGACAGGCGUGGUCUUCAUGCUCAUGUAUUACGCUUUCUUCCACCCCAACGGGCCCCGCUUCGGUCGCUCGCUCAGCUGUGCGCUAGACGAUCCCAGCGCAACCUUCAUCCUACCACCAGAGGGUGCCACCAACUCACUGCGGUCCAACCGCGGCGCAAGCGCAGCCGACAGGGACCCCCGGCAUUCAGAGCGAGACGGCGGCUGCCCCCCUGUGUUCCAGGUCAGGCCCACUGCGCCAUCUACACCCUCCUCCCGUGCACCGCGGGUUGAGGAACCGAUCAUCAGGAUCGACCUGUGCCGGAAUCGCUACCCGGCUUGGGAGCAGCACGUGCUGGACCGGAACAUCCGACGGGCCGUCCUGGCGUUCGAGAGCUCGGCGGUGCCGCCGAGGCUGCAGUACAAAGAUGACGCCCUGGUGCAGGAGCGCCUGGAGUAUGAGACGACGCUUUAGCAAGCAGCGCCGAACCCUUGCUGGACCCUCGCCGUCCUACAGGACGGUCAGCGGAAUCUAACAGCAGGACUGUGGCAAUAACUUACCAGCUCCCUUGCUUUACACAGCAUCAAGCUAUGAUGUUGACCUUCGUGGGUCGAAAGCAGACACCUCUUCUUUGUUGGUUCGUGGACUCCUGAGUGUUUUUAUUUAAGCGUUCUUUUUUUUAACUUUUUUAAGAACUGUCUGUCAGGGAAUUGCCUUUUUUCAGAACAAGGCCAAGGCAUUCACCCCCGCCCCCCCACACUGCCCCUGGACGAGUUACCGUAACACCAGCCACCUACCUGUACGAGCAGGCUGCUCCGCACCGCACCCAGAGGACCCAGCUGGAAGCGGUACCUAAGUCGGAGCUCGCGUGGCAGUUCCAGGUGAGAGCAAAGCUCUCCGUGAAGCUCUUCGUGCGACGCGUGCCUAGUAGAAAUACAACGUGAAAAGCGAUAAUGGUGCGUGGUGAAAAUGAAAAAACGUACACGCAAUCUGGGGAGGGGAAAAAAGGCGCAGGACAGCUGCUCAUUCGCAUCAAAACAAAACACCACCGCGUGUCGAUCUGUCCGAGCCACUGCAUGAUUUUCAACCUUUAAUUCUUCUUCCCAUCAGCCACAUUAUUCUAGUGCCAAAAGGUCUACUGAUCCCCAGGUCGGAUCCCCGGUAAACGCAACGAGCAGAUGAAGGCCAAUAUGUCGUACACCUGAAACAAGGAAAAGAAAAUGUCGCGUGUCCGCAGCGGAACGGACACGGAAUAAGAGCUAGGGCCUCACAGCUCGACCUUAUGGUGCAGCCUUAUUGGUGGGACUCACGUGUGGGGACAGCUGCAAAGAGGAGAGGCAUCUUCGCUCCAAACUGGGCCCAGAGCACGGUAAUGCUGCCAAGUGUGGUAGUAAAGAUGCAGCAGUUCCUUCUUUCUGGAUACACGGUCCCCGCAGUUCAUCGCUCUCCGCAGUCCAGCCGCAGUCAAGCACCAUUCGGUAAAUGCGACGUCCUCGGUAUUUGUAGACCUCGGAGUGGCCUUUUCUGUACCUCGUUACGCCAGCGGCACCGGUGCUGUCGCUGCUGCUGCCAGCGAACCCCCCGGCGAAGCAGUGCCGACUGCUGGCCGUGUCCUUCCUCAAGGCCGGCAACGAAGGUCCGGCAAGACUCCGUCGGACAGUUUGCCUUGAAAGGAACGCCGUGCUGGCCUUUGUUUAGGAGAGGUGUGCGGUCAGCGAGCGUCACAUCCACCAGCCCUCCUCGUACUGGCUGCCCGUGAAAAGGGAGCAAAUGCGGAGAGGAAGAGCUCCUCCUCAUCCUCAUCCUCAGACCCUGAAGAGAAAAAGGGAACAGACAGAAAGCUUGUCUCUCGUGUCCUUUCAAAUCAUUCAAACGGCCUUCUCUUUUUUACUUUAUCUUUCUUUUUUUUUUUUUUAAGAAUUUGCCUUGUUUUCGCACAUCGGCACGUGAAACGGCAUUCAAAGCUCUUACUUCCUUCCUACAGUUCUUUUGUGUUUUUAACUUGAAAAGGUAUCGUGACUUUCUGCAUUUUUAGGUUCUAUACGCUCCGCUCUUGGUUCCUAUUAAAUCGCAGCACAAAGCAUACAAAAUAAGUGAUAUCUUUGCAGGAAUUUAGCCUAAAGCACUUCAUCACCCGAGUGAUCGAUUAAGCUCCAAGAUCCCUAGUCCAGCUCCAUAGUCGCCGCUCACCAUGUUACAAUCCUUGACGACAACAUACGACCUCCCACACCACGAAACCAGCGCUGAGGAACCAACUGGUUGUAAGAACAGCUGCCAGGAGGUUGCUGAGUUACUAACACGGGUACCAAUGAAAGCCCCUUAGCCGGUUCUCAGUCCAUACCUUUAGCAUAUUGAGCGUUUGUUUUGGAAACGGCAAAAAAAGUGAGUUCUGACUGCCUGCCUCCCCAAGUCCUGCAACAGCAGGAUGAUUUUGGCUCCGCAAAGAGCUCAGGAUGUUUGACGUUAAAUCAUAAUCACGUGUGCCCGAUGUUACGAAAGCGUGCGUGAAAAGCGAAGCCAUGGAGAAUGGAGCUUCCCCGAGAGGCGACAGCUGUGGCGUCCGGGUUUGAACGAGCGCACGAGGCCUCGGACCCCCAGACACGCAGCAGUGCUGCACUGGCCCGUAAUGUCGUGGCGCGUGAUGCCUACGAUGUCUGGUCGAUGUUUGAUGUCGCACACGCCGGCUUCGGUCACCUGUUUGAUCGAUGACGGAGCUGCGCAGGACGGCCGCGUGCGUUCUAUGAUCUGGGAUCGAGAAGCAGCAGCACACAAACAAUCGCCCCCCCCAUCACCACCACCACGACCCCCCUUGGGUCAUGUGCCAGCAAACUGCCUUCAUUAAUUCCGUUCAGAUUACUCCAUUUUUGGUAUUUGUU